GUUGAAACUGAAAGCCCACAACAUUUAAAGGAACACAUGCCAAAAUCUCCACAUUCUACUUCGAUACAGUGCAGAGUACAGCCUGUUUCUUUUUUGAAUUCUCAACGUUAUGGCUAUGAAGAUCAAGUACCUGGUGCAGAUUAUAUUUCUAAUCAAAGAGAUGGUUUGCCUGACCGCUGCUGCGGGGGGUCAUGCUGGUGUCAAGCAUCCUGUGUAUGCCAGGGAGGGUGAAGUGGCGGCCCUCAGGUGCCCGCUGCCAAACACUAGCAAUAAAUCUUCAGUCAUCUGGAAUGUGAACACCACGCAGGGCCUGCAGGAGCUGAGAGAAGAAAGUGGGAGCCUGUUGAAACAGUACAACGGCACUUUGCUCAUGCUUAAAGUGAUGAAGAAUGACAGCGGCAUGUACUGCUGCUCGAAGAGGAACGGGAAGGGUGCUGUCAUGCAAUCUUGGACUAAUCUGACAGUGUUAAGUGAUACAUGCUUUAGGGAAGCUGUGGCUGACGUCUACAUCGGAUCUUGUCUCAAGGGACAGUCAUGCAGCUUUAGAAGCAAAUCUCCAGAUGACAUUCCCCUCUCAAAAAUCAACAUCACUUGGUUUAAGGACUGUCAGACUAAAGUUUUUUCCUUGGAGAAGGUGAUUUACUUUGAAUCUGUUACUGAAAACGAUGCUGCGAACUACACCUGCAAGCAUUACUUUGAGUAUGAAGGGCAAGUGUACUACAAAUCUACUACUACAAGGCUGAUUGUCAUUGAUUAUAAGUUUCCACUUCAACCUAAGAUGAUAAAACCCCAGCCCAAUGAAGUGAUAGAAGUAGAUGUGGGUAAACCAGCUGCAAUCCAAUGCUCAGUUCUCCUGAACAGUAACACUUCCGAUGAUUUUCUGGAACUUUUUUGGAUUGAUGGAUCAACUAUAGUUUCUGAAAAUCAGACACUGAGUGUCUUCUACAACAGCACUUUUGAAGAAAUUGAGAAGAACUAUUAUAUGAUCUCAUGGCUGAUAUUCAAAAAUGUGUCAAAAAACCACCUUAAUGCCACAUAUACCUGCAAAUUAGAAACAACAUUACCACGGCGAAUCAGUGCUUCUAUAACAUUAAAAGAGAAAGUCCACCCUGCCAGAGUACGUUCUAUUUUACUGUCCCUGGGGCUUGUAGGCAUCUGCGUCAUCUCAGUAGCAGUAGUCACCGUCAUCUGCUACAAGAUGAAAAUCUACAUUGUGCUGUUCUUCCGUGACCUUUGGGAAGUACCAUCAUCUUCUGCAGAUGGGAAGCAAUACGAUGCUUAUAUCUCAUAUUAUAACACCUGCAGUGAAGAAGCUUUGAGCGAGGAGGAGAUUACAUUACUGCUGGACACCAUGGAGACCAAGUAUGGUUUCCAGCUGUGUGUCUACCAUCGUGAUGUCCUUCCAGGUGGAGCAAUGGUGGAUGCCGUUUUGGAGCAUGUGAAGCAGAGCCGACGGUUGAUUCUGGUCCCCCGAGAGCAAGGCCCCCAAGCUGAAGACCAGUACGGGUUAUGGAAUGGCUUGCAUGCGGCGCUGGUGGAUCGAUACACGUGGCUUGUUUUCAUUCAGAAGGCACCAUGCAACAGCCUGGACUCACUGCCUGAACCUCUCUGCAUGCUGGCCCACUCGGGUGAUGCCAUCACCUGGAAGGGGAGCCGCUCGGCCCAUCAUUCCUCAGCCUUUUGGAAGCAUCUUCUGUAUCACAUGCCUCCCAGGAGGAAGCACCAGGAGGAGCGGCUGACAUUACUGUGACACUGACAUCAGGCAAUAAGUAGUUUUGUUGUAAAAACACCUAGGCCUGAAAUGUGCUGUACUACAUAACCGCAUCUUAAAGAUUCUUUUUUAAAUUUCACAAGCUUAGUUAAGAUGUGAUUCAAGCCCAGUGAGAUACAAUGAGAUACAAGUCCAAUAAGAUGUGAUUCAGGCAAAAAUUAUUGUGCUGUCUUUGGUAUAUUCCACUUAGUGAUAUGAUGUGAU